AUGCAUCAUCACACCCCAACACCAGAUAUCUUGUCGCGAUUCUCAUGCGUUGCAACUUCUUUCUCCAUGCACAAAAGAACACCACGAGACUCGAUUUCACUGCUAGAAAAUGAAACUGUAGCUACUUCCGUCCCCAGACACGUCGCAAGUGAACAAAAAUCCUCCAAAUUUUACUGGAAACGUAUCAAUCAUGAAGAAAAAUCAUAUAAUCGACGCUCCAUUUUACGUGAUCCCUCCACGCCGUACCUUAUAUCGUUGUAUUUACAGCUCGCUGUUAACAUAGCAGUGGUUUUGGCUGUGUUCUACUUUGUUUGGAGGUUCUAUAAGGUGAUAAGCGUUGAUAUUCAGCACAAAAUUGAACUUUACACCAUCGAACUUAUGGAAGAGGUUGCUCGUUGUCAGCGAGAAUAUACCCGAAAUCGCUGCUCGGUGGAGAAUGGAAACAAAAGAAUUCCUGCUCUCGAACUGAUGUGCACAAAGUGGAAAAAGUGCAUGAAUCGAGACCCGGCGCAUAUCGGCACCGGAAAAAUUGCAGCAGAAACUUUCGCAGAUAUCAUAAAUGGUUUCUUUGUUCACACCACAUGGAAAUCGUUGGUCUUCUUAACCACCAUCACAAUUGGAGCCAUUGUGCUCUCCAAUGUGGCAUUUGGAACAUACCGGCGACUGUAUGAACCUCAACGCUACGAAGUGCAAAAAAUUCCCGACGCUGAAAAUCUGGUCCGCGAACUUCAGGAGGUCGUAUACGACCACCAGAUAACAAUCUAG